ACUCUCUAUUUGCAUCAAUUAUUAAAAGGAAAAAAGAGAGUAGGCAUCGCUAUAUCUUCUUCUCUCGCAUCUAGGGUUCCGCUGCUUCUCUCUCCGCAUCUGCUUCCGUCACGGGGGAGCCUAGCCGACGAUAUGUAUUGAAUUUCUCAGUAGAGAAGCUCGUUACUCUGAUUGAAUCCACGAUCCUGAAUCUUACAUCCAUCUCACAAGACCUCUUGGGAUUUUCAGAUUCAUAAACAAUUCGAUAGUUAGAUUAGCGUAGGGAUCUAUACGAAGCAAUCGAACACCGGUAAUCGAUUAUGGAUGCUUUUGGUAUGGGGGGAAGCAGUAUGAAUCAAGCUCCUGGACCCGAUGAUCUUAAGAAAGCUGUAGACAAUCCUACAGGUGAUUCAGUGUUCGAUGCAUCUCAGUAUGCGUUUUUUGGGAACGAUGUGGUGGAGGAGGUUGAGCUUGGUGGAUUGGAAGAGGAAGAUGAGAUUUUGUCUUUCAAUGGGAUAGGGGAUGGCUUCUCUUUUGAUAAGGAAGAGGUUGGGGAUUCUAGGCCUUUGUCUGACGUUGAUGAUCUUGCUACUACUUUUUCAAAGUUGAAUAGGGAUCCUGAUGUGUAUAGAAACAUGGGACCAAUCACUGAUAGGCGAUCGAGCCAGAAUUCUUUAGUACCUGAGUGGACUCAGAGGGAGAAGUUACCUGAUUGGCAUGGCUCUGAUGCUAUCAAAGAUGACAAGGCGUGGUCGGCAACACCGUAUCCUGAACCACAACGUCAGCUGCAUCAAAACCUCAAUCAACAACAGUUUCCCAGUGAGCCGAUCAUUGUCCCGAAGUCAUCUUUUGUUUCAUAUCCUCCUCAAGGCAGCAUAUCACCAGAUCAGCGCUUAGGACACCCAAAUUUACCAUAUCAUUCUGGUGGGCCUCAAAUGGGAUCGCCAAACUUCUCUCAGUUCCCUACUUUGCCGCCUCAGUUGGCUGGCAUGCAUCAUGGGUCUCCCCAGCGCACUGGGAACAUGCCUCAGUUUCGUCCUGCUCUUCCUCCGAAUAAUCGCCCUCCCGCUCAAUGGAUGAAUCGUCAAAAUGUGCAUCCUGGUGAUAAUUCAGGGAUCAUGAAUAACGCGAUGCUACAACAGCUGCCUCAUCAAAACGGUUUGAUGCCCCCUCAGAUGCAGGGAUCUCAGAAUAGGUUACAACAUCCAAUGCAGCCUCCUCUCGGUCAUAUGCCAGGAAUGCAGCCUCAGUUAUUCAGUCCCCACCUUUCUCGAUCAUCAUCUUCCGCAAGUUAUGAUGGAAUGCUUGGCUUUGUUGAUCCUAGGGAAUCAAGACCAGGGUCGGCUCAAGGCAACAGACCGAACAUGCGUUUUCAUCAACAAGGCUUUGAUGGUGGUGUUCAGAGGAAAUAUAGUGGGUUGCCUCCUUACCGGUCUAAAUACAUGACAGCAGGGGAGAUAGAGAAUAUUCUGAGAACGCAGCUUGUUGCUACACACAGCAAUGAUCCUUACGUUGAUGAUUACUACCAUCAAGCCUGUCUUGCUAAGAAAUCUGCAGGUGCGAAACUGAAACAUCAUUUCUGUCCAAACCACUUGAGGGACCUACUACAUCCACGGGCACGUACAAACAAUGAGCCCCAUGCGUUUCUUCAAGUUGAUGCUCAUAGUCUUGGUAGAGUUCCUUUCUCUUCAAUCCGCAGGCCUCGUCCCCUUCUUGAAGUGGAUCCUCCAAAUUCAACCAAGUCUGACAAUGCAGAGCACAGGGCUACCGAUAAGCCCCUUGAUGAGGAACCCUUGCUCGCAGCUAGAGUGUACAUUGAGGAUGGUCAUAAUCUCCUCCUUGAUGUUGACGACAUAGAUCGUUUCUUAGAGCUUACCCAACUCCAGGAUGGAGGAAUCCAGUUGAAACAGAAACGGCAAGCUUUGUUGGAAACCCUUGCGGUUUCACUGCAGCUCGUUGAUCCCCUUGCCAAGAAUGGGCAAAGCCGGUCCCAGGAUGAUUUAAUCUUUCAAAGUAUCAUCUCUCUUCCAAAGGGUCGGAAACUACUUAUCAGGUAUCUUCAGCUUAUUUUCCCUGGCAGCGACCUUAUGCGUAUAGUCUGCAUGGCCAUUUUCCGUCAUCUGAGAUCACUGUUUGGAGUCCUCUCAUCCGAUCCUGAUAUCACCAAAACCACAAACAAGCUUGCCAACGUUGUGAACUCGUGCAUUCACAAGAUGGACUUAGGACCCAUAAGCGCCUGUCUAGCAGCUGUUUCCUGUUCUUCCGAGCAGCCACCGCUCCGUCCUUUAGGCAGCCCUGUUGGAGACGGAGCUUCCACGGUACUGAAAUCUACACUCGACAGGGCUUCUGAGCUUCUCCGGGCUAAUAACUUCAACAAUGCGGGCAUGGCUCUAUGGCGUGCUUCCUUCAAUGAGUUCUUCAACCUUCUGAUGAGGUACUGCAUCAGCAAGUACGACGGUAUCAUGCAGACUCUGAACUCGCAGUUGCCACCAGAGUUUGCUAGUGAGAUAUCUGAUGCAGCUGCGCAAGCCAUUGUCCGUGAAAUGCCCAUUGAGCUUCUACGUUCGAGUUUCCCACAUAUCGAUGAGCAGCAAAAGAGAUUGCUAAUGGAGUUUUUGAAACGAUCCAUGCUUGGAAGCCAGAAAACCGAGCCAGUCUUGGGCUGAUAGUAUCUAGAAUCAAGAAACCUUACGGCACCGCGAUGUCUGUAUAUGAAGCAUAAGAUGAUGCAGAAAGGGUAAAAAGAACGGUAGAGAGUUUAAACUCUUUAUUUUUUGGUAGUAGAAAAAAAGCAGCGAAGAAGAGGUUCGGUCUCUCUGUACAGAGAAAGAAAGUCUUUAGCUUUGCAGAACUUUGUAGCCAAGGCAUUAUGUGUUUUCUGUGUUCUCUGUCAUCGUGGUUUUCUUUUUUUGUUUCGAAACCUUUUUUAUGUUUUGAUACUUUCCUUUCUCUUUCAAUGUUUUGCCAAAUAAAUAUUUUGGGUUAUGCUUUGGUAAUGAAUCCUAUUUGUUUGUUCAUA